AUGGCGAAGCACGGAGUUAAGUUAGACACCCUCAGGGACUGCUUUGAGUUCCUGCAUUGGUUGAAUAGUAGGAAAGAUGUGCAAAAACAGGUGGCUAGAGAACUGGUGACGCGUUAUGGAAAUUCUUAUAAUCAUAUUUCGUUUACGGGCCAACUGCCACCUGCUGUCUCCGAAUUCCUCGGGUACGUGUCCACGUUUUAUAAGAAAUUAGUAGCUACACCAAUUAAGGAAAGUUAUGUCGAUCCACAAGCAAAAGAUGUCACCGAAGCCCUCCUUGACUGCAUUCCCAAGUUCCUCGCCGCUUUGUAUUUUUUGCUCUACAAUGUGGAUUAUAAGUUCGAAGCAGUGGGUGGGGCGAAGUGGAGAGAUGAUAACCCUGGGUGGGAGACUACUUGGUCGAGAUACUUUUGGCAACAAGAGUAUGGAGGUGGGCUGCAGGAUUAUCUCAGGGUGUCACUGAGCGAUAAGUACGGUGGCCUCAUCCCCGGCGGCUUCAGUUACGGCGAGGUGACGUAUGGUUAUGAAUAUGAUUCUCGCUAUGGCUAUCCAUACGGUAAGGAUAUGACUACGGACCUCGAAAAAAUGCUGGGCAAAAAUACCGACCACAAUUAUUUCCGGGACGUAUUUUUUACAACAGUCAUUUCUAAAUCCGGCUUACAGAAAUCGAACACUGCGAACGUUCUUGCAUUGGUGAAAACGUUUUGCCAAAUCGUAAUUGCGGAAAAGAACCCUGAUGGUGGAAGCUUGAAAGCAGCUUUGGAAAAGGAGCUUAAAAGUAGCAAAAAAUGCAUAGAUUGGAAUCAAUUAAAAUCCCAUUGCAAAACCCUUGAGCACCAACUUGGCAAGUUGUUCAAGAUUGAGGGCUUUUCCUACACCGGCCAGGCGCGGAGUGUUAAUGAGCUCAACACUGAGAGAUUUGCGGGGGAGACGGCAAAAUGGUUUAGAAAUAAUCUGAGCGAAGUUCAAAAGAAUGUGGAACAAAUAAAUAAAGAUUUCCCAGUUGACGACACUCUAUAUUUGACUGCUCUUCGGCCUUUUGCAACCAAGAACAUAUUCCCCUACGGUUUUAUAUUUGGUAACCAAGGCUAUGGGACGAUGGGAUACGCGUGGAAGAAGUUGUCAGAUCAUUGGGACAGUGUCAUAGACAUGCUUGGCAGCGAUGGUGACGGUUUGGAUAAGUUGAAAACGCUGCUGGAUGGUGAGCAGUGCCCUCCGCCUCAAAAACCACGAUCAAGGCCGGCGCCUGCGCCCAGGCCCACAAGGCCUGCCAGGCCUGCACUACCAGGGAUGCCUAGAACUUCGGGUGUAAGGACAACCGGUGCAAUGAGUGUUGGAGGUCGGUCGUAUGUUGGUAGUAAGGCUUCUGGUGCUAGAGGAGGAACCGCAAGAGGGAUGGGGCCCCACCAUAGAGGAGGGGGCCAAGUUAGAGGAAGGGCACCGGGGGCUCCAAGAGGUAGCGUACAAGGCCCAGGGAAUAGAGGCGCUCCAGGGGCCAGGGGCACACAGGGGAGCAGAAGUCCAGGGCCUACGGUGCUAAUUCAGCGCCGGGCCUCACAAUCUCAAAAUGAUCCCCAGCAUCAUUCCCAACAACCUCCUCUUGCCUCCAGUGCUCCUGGAGGCGCUGUACUCCCUGCAUCUGUUGGUCCGCCAGGUGGUACGACUCCGAUUUCACCGGCCGGUGAUGUCACUCCAGGUAUGUCAGUCCAUUCUGUUUCAGCUUCUGGUCCAACCGGAGCUCCAGGCCCGACAGGGCCUCAUGGUGAUAAAGGUGAUCAAGGCAAGCCAGGGCCUCCUGGUACAGGGACCACGGUGUCUCCUCAGGACGCAAUUUCACCUGCUACUACGUCGGUUUCAACUCCAUCUCAAGGCUCUGUAGCAUCGCCAGUUCCUCCCCCUCAUCCCGGAGGCCCUUCCAUCCCUGGUAAUCCAGGUGCCAAGGACCAGGAUCCGGGUUCACAUGGCAGUGUCGCUCAUGGUCAACAGCCUACUGCAACUACAGCCCGUGUGCCUCCUCAGUCUCCGGAUGUUUCAGAUUCACGCUCUGGGUCAACUGGUGGCCAGGGGGUUGGUACACAAGGUAGUCAACAUGGUGCUCAACCAACAAGUCAAGGCACCGAUCCAACUCCAAGCGGUGUCGAUACUACGUCGGUUGUCCAGGCGUCUGGUGGAGCUGGAGAGGGUGGGGGGAAUGCAUUCACGUGCCCUACUGCGAAGGUAGAAGUGGAUGGUCUGAAUGGCAAUAAAAUUUGUCUCUCUAAAGAGGCUUUAAGAAGGGCGUCAAUCUUUAAAGAUAUGUGGGAGAACAGAUAUAAGGAGAUGCAGAAGGAAGAUGAGGAGAAGCGUAAACAGGAAGCAGAGGAGGAACGUAAAAAGCAGGAGGAGGAAGAUGAGCGUCGACGUCAAGAUGCGAUUAAAGCUCGGCAUCCCAUUGUGCCGGGGAGUCACUCCAAUUACCAUGUCCGCAAUCCGUACCACAGAUUUCCAUAUAACAGGUGGUCGUCAUCUCCAAGUGGCGACCAAGGGGGAGCCACGCUCGACGGUUUCCCACAGCAUGAUGCAUCGGCAGCAAUUCAAGGUGUGAACAAAAUGAUCUUCGAAGAGCAGGACCUUUGGGACAGGCAUUACCUCCAGCAGGAGCAGGGCAAAAUUGAGUUGCAGCGAAGAGCGCACAGGGAGCGUGAAGAUUUUCUCCGCUCAUCGGCGGCUAGAUUGGCGGCAGCAGGGUCAGCUAAACGGCAUCAAGCACAACAAACAGAUGACGACAACAUAAAUCGGCGUGUUCAAAAUGUUACUAGAACUCGGGUGCCACCCAAGCCUCUAAGCUCCGUAACGCUAGAAGAUGGUGUCACCUCCGCACUGUCAUCGAUGACCCAUAUUACAGACAAAGUAAUUUCACAUCGCAGCCAACAUCCUCCGGCGACACAGCUGCCGAAACCAACACUGUCCGGGCAGCGUCCCGAUUCACCGAGAAAACAGCUGGAGACUGUCACACUAGGUGACCAUGACAUGGCGAACGUAACAAACAUUACAUUUAGCGAUGUUAAAACUCCUGCCGACCCCAAUGCAUACUAUUACGGGGGGCUAACAGGGAACUCUGUGAAAGAUGGCUCAAACGUUAUACGGCGAAAAACAUUUGUUGCAGAUUCCUUAGACGCCAGUAAACAAUUAUUCGAGGAACGACAACGUCGACGCCUUGCAGUGGAUGACCAAAUAAAACAAUCAACGCAAGAAGAAAAGGAUGCCUCCAAGGCAUGGAAAGAUGCGCAGCAAAUAGGGUUAGUUGAAUUUGUGCAGCAGGGCAUUUUCGACGGCCAAGAAGUCAAGCAGCCUGAGCAGCAAACGGACCCACGCCUAUAUCAGCAUUUUAUGAGUCCGACGCCGCCUUUCGAUUUUCAGAUUGACACCGCAGUGCAUCAUUAUAAUAAUUCACAGCCGCCAAACCCGGGAAGCACAAUGGACCCACAGGGCAUCGAUAUUGACGAACAAGUAAUCCAACCAACGGAACGGUAUGAUCACGAAGCUAACCAUACUUCAGAUAUGUUGUCAGUUGCAAACGACUCACAGGUGCCUAAGCUUGUUGGCGGACCAGUUGACCCCGCGCCCUUGGACAUUCGAGACGAAAAUACACGACACAUUGAUUUCGACGGUGUUGCCAUACCCCGGAAUCAGAGGGACAAGCUGUACCUGAAGACACAAACUCCGACCAUCCAGUACACCCCGUGGAAACCGGAUUACGUCACAAGGCCCAGGUCGGACUCACCCGCAGUAAAAAAUCUUAUACAGUCCGACACCAUUUUUCAGGGUCAGAAAAUAAGUCAACCAAAGUUGCAGACUGUUGGUGUACGAAUGCCCCCGCCCCUCACGCCAGUGGAGAUCGAAGCCCCCCCGGGCGUCAUGAUCAAUGAGCCGAUAUGCCCGGCAAACUACCCCAGUGCCACCACUGAAAAGCUCCCACCCACCGAUGCCUCCAACCCGCCGCCCCGAACGGUGCGUGACAUGUUGUGCUGGAUCUGUGAUUUGCCGUAUGCACUAGGCCACUCCGCGCUGAAGCGACACAUUGCGGGCUUAUUUGAAGGCUCUGAAAUAAUUGCAUCGUCGGAGUCUUUCACAGACAACGAUGUCAUCGGUGCCCUCUCCGACACCUGUGGCCACGCCAGCUCUGUGCUUGCUGCCAUGGAGGGGCCUAAGCCCGCUGCCCCUAACAAAUUCCACUACCAGCGCUACGGCGUUCCCCUGAUGCACUACUCCGACGACCCCUACACGCUGCUGUGCCAGUUGCUCAACUACGUCUAUGCGACGUUACAUCAGUUAUUGUUCCUGCGCACCAUGUGCGGGCGGGACACGCAUUCUGGUGGAUGGCGCGACUGCCAGUUUGGUAGAGCUGUGAAAGCGUCCGAAGCCUGGCGAUGCCGCAAAGAUCCAGUAGACCCUAUGCAAGGACAGGACCACGGCUGCGACGCCUCCCCCCUGCAAGGCUUUCUCACCGACCAGUCCGUGCUCCCCACCUACUGGUAUCACAGGGGCGACAUCUGCCGUCGGAGCCGUGUAAGAAUGGGCUUUCGUCCGGACCAUUUACGUCAAGAGUCGAAGCAUGGAUUCUACAUUUACAACAUCCUGACUGGGUUGUCUCCACUGGGCUCCGCCCUCUCCGAGCCACAUGGCCACUGCCCCGACUGGGACCGCCUCAAGGACGACGACCUCAAUGCCCUCCAGGACAUCCGAGGCUCCGCCCCCCCCAUCGCCAACUCCAACCACGACAAGGACCAUUCCAACACCCUGUCCACGCUGCUUGGCUGCGGCAUCACUAACGCCAAGUGCCCACAACUCAUGAAGCCCAUCACCUACCGGGCCUACGCCCUGUACUCUUCCAGCUUCGUCCACCACUACCUCAGCUGGGCGGUCUAUCUGGCAGACAGGCUUUGGGAGUCACUGAUCAGGCUGCACUAUGAUCUCGAGAACCUUAAAUGUCACGACUCCAACUCCAAGGCUCUCCACCAUUGUGACAAGGCUCUGCUCCUCCUCUACAUGCACGGCAUCACCCCGCCGGAGGGUGGAUCGCAGCAGUCACUCACCUGUUCUAAGGUCAUCGAUAAGCUGAAGGAAGUGAUCUCCGGGGAGCCUAUCGCAAGCCUCAUGACCGCCAUGGACAAUUUCCUCUACGGCAUCCGCCUCCCCUUCCUCUACACUGUGUUCACACUCUGGGUCAUCGCCACACUCUACAUCACCCACACGACGCUAUACCGCCUAGACGUCUUGCGCAUCCGUUCCCACCUCCUCACCACCACGGCAUCCCACCUCAUCGAUGUCAAGGCGCUCCUCAGUCACAAGAGGAAGGUGCUGUCACUUUACGACGACGUCGACUACUUCGACGAUGACUUUCACUCAUGA